AUGUCAACAGCACCAGAACUGGCGCCCAGCAAUGUCUACAACCCGAACGUGCCCUCUGCUGAGCCGACCUCCGAUGACGCCACUUGGAUACUGACCUCAGCCUUCGUCAUAUUCACAAUGCAGACCGGCUUCGGGCUCCUGGAGUCGGGCGCCUGUGCUAAGAAGAAUGAGGUGAAUAUACUGAUGAAGAAUGUGGCGGAUGUAGUGCUCGGAGGUCUCUUCUAUUGGGCCAUUGGAUACGGACUACAGUUUGGUGAUGACGAGGGCCAUACCGGUUGGUAUGGAGCGGGCUAUUGGUUCCUGGAUUCCGAUGACGACCACAUGGGCCCCAGUUUUGCAAAUAUAUCGUGGGACGAUGCGACCUGGAUACUCACCUCAUCAUUCAUAAUCUUCACAAUGCAAACUGGAUUCAGUUUAUUGGAGUCCGGAUUCGUGCGGCGCAAGAAUCACGUGUCCAUUAUAUUGAAGAACUGUUGUGACCCUCUAUUCUGUGGACUCGCCUUUUGGACCAUUGGUUAUGGUUUGUCACUGACAACGGACACGGAGUACGACAACCCGUUCAUUGGUUUCGGCAACUUCUUGGUGGAGUCAAGUGAGGACAAUAUGGGACAGUUGUACGCGAGCUACACAUACAGAUUGUCGUUGGCUUGUGUAGCGGUCACUAUAGUGUUGGGGGCAAUGGCUGAGAGGAUCACAUUUGUCGCGUACUGUAUAUUCUCUUUCUUUAUUACAAUCAUGUUUUCGAUCCCAAGUUAUUGGGUUUGGUCUCCAAAUGGUUUCUUAAGACAUAUGAAUGCUGUCGAUAUCGCCGGCUGUUCUACUGUCCACUUAUUGGGAGGUAUGUCGGGUUUGGUGUCGACACUAAUACUCAAACCACGUUUGGGUCGCUUUUCAGCCAACUCGGGAGCGUUUGCUAUGAGUUCGCCUACUAAUGCACUUUUGGGUACUUAUAUGCUUUGGUCAGUCACUUCAUUAAUCAUAAUAAGACACUUUUUAAAUGCUUUACAUCUUAGGUGGGGUUGGGUUGGCCUACACAUGUCGUCAACAUUUGGUGUUUCAAAUAACAAAUGGAAAUAUGCAGCAAGAUCGGCGGUGUCCACAAUCAUCGCCUCAUCAACCGGUGGUUUGAAUGGUCUUCUGUUGAGCUAUAUAUUUAUGAAACGAAAAUUUGAUAUAAAAGUAUUUAUUUGUGGACUACUCUCUGGUUUGGUAUCAGUUUCUGGUGGCUGUACUCUAUAUCAGCCCUGGGAGGCUGUCAUCAUUGCCUACAUUGGCUCAUUAUUAUCCAUUUCAAAUAUACCUUUACUAAGGCUACUUAAAAUUGAUGAUCCAAUCAACACUAUAUCCAUUCAUUUGGUGGCAUCAAUCUGGGGUAUGCUGGUAAUGGCACUGAUGAUCCAAAAAGACACAUUACUUCAGAUGACUCACAACCAGAUGGGACUCAUAUACGGCGGUUCCGUAGACUUUCUAUUAGUACAACUUCUGACAAUCGCUGUGAUCGGGGUCUGGUCGGCCUUCGCCACCGCACUUGUCUUGUAUUCAAUCCGAACGGCGAUUCCCAUCAGACUUACAUUGAAUGAUGAGCUGAGAGGCGCCGACUAUAUUGAACACAACACCUCACACGAGGCCAAUGACGACACACUUUUGCCACAAAAUACUUCACUCAAGAGCUCACAAUCAGUGGCGAGAAUGCGUCUGAAGAAAGUGUUGAACGCAUUGAAGGCAACGCAUAGAUUCAGUUCAUAUCAUCAUAAGAAUGCAUUCCUUAAGAGACAAGUGAAGGAGAAUCAGGCGAAGACAUUGGCCCUGUCCUGGCCCUCCAGUGCCGCCCAGGGAUCCCAUAGCGUUUGGUGUGAUAUAUCCAUCGAUGACAUCGAAGUGAGGCGAUUGAGCGGUGGUCUCACAAAUCAGUUAUACUAUUGUGCUCUCAAUGAAGACCUGAGGAAUAGUGAUGAGACUGAACCAAAAGAAGUUGCCAUCAGAUUGUAUCAGGAUAAACAUUUCAAUAAUUGGGACAAUGAGGGCAAUGAGAGACUGACGGAUGUUAUUAUAGCACUCAUUAUGUCUGAGAAGAAUUUGGGACCAAAAAUAUACGGACUCUUCGAAAGCGGACAAAUCAUGGCUUACUAUCAACACAAAUGCUUCCGAAGUGAAGAACAAAAAGAUCCAAAACUCGUUCAAAAAGUAGCCCAAAAGUUGGCGAGAAUUCACUCAACAGUUAUACCCAUAAAGAAGAAAACAAAUUUUGUUUUCAACUUCUUUGACAACUUUUAUGCAGAGGCCUACAAACUGUUUGAUAUAAAAUCAUUGAUCGAUGAAUACAAUUGUGAGGCAUUGAAAGCACACGAUUUGAAGGAAGAGUUGGAAUGGCUUAAGGAAACUAUCAUUAAAACUGAUUCUCCGGUGACCUUUGCUCACAUCGACUACAGAGGAUCUAAUAUUAUGGUGACAGAGAGUAAUGACAUAAUGUUGUGUGACUUUGAGUACUCAUGCAAUGAGUAUCGGGGCUGGGAUUUCGGUACUCUGUUCACCGAAUGGGGCGGAAAAGUGGGGGAAUUUAAUAGAGAUAUUCCCGACGAUGAGAUUAUUAGGCCAUUCAUUGAGUGGUAUAUCGAGGAAUCGAUUGGCGCAGAUAUGAUGUAUAAACAGUACUUUCAAAGGAAGCACAAGUUUAUUGAAGACAAAUUACACUACUUUAAAGGGUGCAGCGUUUGGAGUCAUAUAUCCAUCGAUGAUAUCCAAGUGAAGCGACUGAGCGGUGGUCUCACGAAUCAGUUAUAUUAUUGUGCUCUCAAUGACGACCUGAGGAAUAGUGAAGAGAAUGAACCAAAAGAGGUUGCCAUCAGAUUGUAUCACAAAAUUGGUUAUUAA